ACUUCUGAAAUGUAACAUAAUGUGUCAAAAAUGUUGAGCAGCGAAGAGUUCACAGUGAAUGGAUUUAUCCUCACGAGUAGAACAGAUCAAAACACAGUCACACUGCACCAUUCCACUGAAAAGGAUGUCUGGUGCAAAGAUACUGCUAUUCCUGCAGAGCCUGUCACGUAGGAAACCUCUGGAGCCUGAAGGAGAGGUGUCCAACUUUCGGCGAUGCCUGACCACCCUCGACCUGUUGGCCCUGGGGGUCGGCAGCACACUGGGGGCCGGUGUGUACGUGCUGUCGGGAGAAGUAGCCAGAGCCGUGGCCGGGCCGAGUAUCAUGAUCGCCUUCCUGAUAGCAGCAGUGGCCUCCAUCUUUGCCGGACUUUGCUAUGCUGAAUUUGGAGCUCGAGUUCCUAAGACUGGCUCUGCCUACCUCUACAGCUAUGUGACUGUGGGAGAGAUAUGGGCUUUUAUCACUGGCUGGAACUUGUUGCUGUCUUAUGUCAUAGGGACGUCAAGUGUUGCCAGAGCAUGGAGUGGGACCUUCGAUGAUCUCAUUGGAAAUGUCAUUGCCAACUCUCUGGGCAAACAGGCUGCGAUGAACUUACCUGGCUUAGCUCCAUACCCAGACUUCUUUGCAGCUGGCCUCAUAAUGCUCUUGGCAGGGAUUCUUGCAUUUGGUGUUAAAGAGUCAGCUAUUGUAAAUAAGGUUUUUACAGCAGUUAACAUCCUGGUGUUGCUGUUUGUUAUCCUCUCUGGAGUCAUUAAGGGGGACAUCAACAACUGGUACAUUGGUGACGAUUUUCUCCUAGAUGGAUAUGAGUAUGGAAACUACACAUCGCUGAAUGACACCACCAUAUAUGGCAGUGGAGGAUUUUUCCCUUUUGGCUUUGAGGGAACAUUAGCAGGAGCAGCCACAUGCUUUUAUGCAUUUGUUGGAUUUGACUGCAUUGCCACAACAGGAGAGGAGGUUCAAAACCCUCAGAAGUCGAUCCCACUCGGCAUUGUGGCUUCCCUCCUCAUCUGCUUCCUGGCUUACUUCGGUGUGUCUGCAGCCCUGACUCUUAUGAUGCCGUACUAUUUGCUCAGUGUUAACAGCCCAUUGCCUGUGGCCUUUACAUACAUCGGUUGGGGCCCUGCAAAGUAUGUAGUGGCUGUGGGAUCCCUCUGUGCACUGUCAACAAGCCUUCUAGGAUCAAUGUUCCCGAUGCCCCGUGUCCUCUUUGCCAUGGCCAGGGAUGGACUUCUCUUCAGACCUCUCAGUAAAAUGAGUGACAGACAAAGUCCCGUUACAGCGACCCUGGCUUCAGGGGUUGUAGCAGCUAUCAUGGCGUUAUUGUUUGACCUGAAGGCGCUGGUUGACAUGAUGUCAAUUGGAACCCUCUUUGCUUACACACUAGUUGCCAUAUGUAUCCUCAUAUUAAGGUACCAACUAGACCUCAGCGAGGAUCCAAGUUUCAGCAAACCAGAACCCUUUACAAUUGCUGGAGUAGUAUUUCCUUCUUCACAGGCAAAUUCAAGGACAUCAAAAAAUGUGUCUGUUUUAACAGUUUGCCUUAUCUUUUUAGCUAUCAUCUUAAGCCUCAUCAUAUCUGGGGCUUUAGGCUCACUGCAGGCCCUCGAGUGGUGGAGUUUACUUUGUGUCUCUAUCAUCGUACUGAUGCUGGUCCUCAUUACCCUGAUCAUCUGGAGACAACCACAGAAUACAACCAAAGCUGCUUUCAUGGUUCCUUUAGUGCCAUUACUUCCUAUUUUCAGCACCUUUGUCAAUGUCUAUCUUAUGGUUCAACUUGGAUCAGACACAUGGAUCCGCUAUGCAGUGUGGAUGGCAGUAGGUUUAAUCAUCUACUUCUCUUAUGGUGUUCAGCACAGUGUGCAGAAACAAAGGCUCCAAAAUUCACACAACCACGUCAGUAUUCACAGCUUCACCACCACCACCAUGGAGCAAAACUUUGAACCUGGACAAGAUGGCUAAACAAUGUGAAAUGAUAAGCAUUCAGUGGGCAAAUCAUCAAGCAAAGCUAAAUGCUUUUAUUUCAAUAAAGCCAGUGUCCAGUGUGCAUUACAACAUUACAACAGUCACAACCUCUGACAUCUUUUUGUAUUGUUUUCUGUGAAAUUAAAUGUCUGGGAAGGUUUUUUGUUGCAUUUUUUGGGGGGUGGGAGUAUUUAGAUUUAUUUUGUUUUAAUUGAAAUUUUCUAAUAAAUAAGAAAUUGCAGUGAACCACACAAAUCACACUGGUAUUAUCCCUGCAUGAGGCUUCAUGCAAUAUUGUGUUUUCAUUUUACAGUUUCAGUUAUUGAUAAUGAUACAUCACAGACUAGAGUGUAAGAUUUUACAAAGAACAUAGCAAUACUAUAUCGAUGGUUGUGUCAAUAUUCAAGCAUCUCUUUUAUAGUCAGGACUUUGUGCCAAAAUACAUCUUUUGUGAUGUAUAAUUCAUCAUUUUGUAAUCUAUAUACCACAUGUCAUUACUCACAAUUACUUUACAUUUAUGCAGUUUAGCUGUUUCAUAUUUUUCCAUUUAUAAUGUAUAUUAUAGUGGCAGAGAUUUGAAUGUUUGUCCACUUCACACAACUCCUAAUGUAGCCUAAUGAUCUGUUGUUAAACCAGUGUUCAAUUUAUUUGUAUCACUUUCUAUUAUCAUGUAAAAUCUAAAAAAUUUUGUGUGCAUGUGAAAUAAACAUGACAUUUUUA